GGCACGGCACGGCACGGUACGGCAAGCGCUUCUCCCGUUGCAGCAACGGCGAGAGAACGCGCGUGCGAAGAGAGAUCGCACUGACCCCGUGUCCCUGUGUGGAGUCUGUCGACCUUUGACACCGGGCCGGCGACAAAAGCCUGUCCAAGAAGACGCCGAGCGGUCGACGAUCUCCCCUUCGAACUCCUCUCUUGGAUUAUCGCCGUUCACGAUAUCCUUCGCGGGGCUUUUUGACGUCUCUUGACUCACCUCGCCCGAGUGAUCCGAGAACAUCAUGCUACCAAGAUUGACGCUGUCGGUUGUUCUACUCCUUUUAACAAUAGGAGUUAUGUUGUCGAAGGGAUGCGAGUUGGAUCAGAUGCGAUAUGGAUGUCGCAUCUACAAUGCACAAUGCAGUUGCGGCUACGGCUGCAAAUCCGAAUACAGAUAUGAUAACAAUGAUGAUUGCAAGUUAGCGCUGAAAGGAAAUCGUAGGGACAUAUGCUCUCGAUCGAAUCCUUGCCGGAACGAAGGCUCAUGUUCCCAAAUAUCGUCGGAGCCCAAAUUUAAAUGUCGCUGCGAAGGAACUGGAUUUUAUGGCACUUACUGCGAGAAACCUUGUCCACGACCAGACAAUACACAGCUCCGAGGACAAUUCCCUUACGAGUGCGUCGUGAUCUAACUCGAAUCUCUCCUUUUACUUUCAUCUGAAAUUCAAAUUUGUCUUAAUAUGAUACAUACAUACAAGGGAAGGAAACGCAUUUCAUGAAAACAUAACUACACACAUCUUUGUACAUACAUAAUAAAUAUUAAAACACACAGACGA